UUCCAAUAUUCAAAUUACUCCGGGAAGCAGAAAGCGCUCUGCAUCGGAAUCAACUAUAAAGGUCAACGACGUGAGCUUAGGGGCUGCAUUAACGAUGUGUACAAUGUGAAGCGGUUCUUGACAUCCAAGUGGGGCUACAAAGAGGGCGAUAUUGUGACGUUGGUUGAUGACACCAAUAAUUCGAGGCAAAUGCCAACAAGGCGAAAUAUUCUGGAUGCAAUGCGUUGGCUUGUGAAUGACGCCCAUCCCCACGAUUCGCUGUUUUUCCACUACUCGGGUCAUGGGGAUCAGGUUCCAGAUAAGGAUGGAGAUAAAUUGAAUGGGCUUGAUGAAGUGAUAUACCCUGUCGACCAUAGGAAGGCGGGAAUAAUUCUUGAUCACGAAAUGCACCAGAUUAUGGUGAAAUCGUUGCCAGCAGGCUGUCAUUUGAUCGUAAGUCUUAAUUCUUGUCACUCACGCACGGCACUAAAUUUGCCAUACACUUACAGUUCGAAUGGACACCUCAAGGAAAGUCAUAUAACUCCUCGGUAUCGAGCAUUGAAUGCUACAGGUGCCUACGUGAUAUCAUUCGCUGGCCGUCAAGCCAGUGCUGAUACGACGCGGGGCGGUAUGGCUGUCGGGGCUAUGAGCUACGCUUUUGUUACGGCUCUGGCACGGAAGCCAGUGCAAAGUUACCAAGAGCUACUCAAGUCUGUUAGGGACAUUCUGAAGCAGGAUUACCAACAGAAACCGCAGCUGUCGAGCUCAUACCCAAUC